AUGUUUUGCGCCUUUGCCUUUUUUCCCGCGACGCUCUCGGGGAAGCACGGCUUCUGUGGUGCUGGGGGUGCUCUCCAGCCUGCACGUUCGCGUCUGGUAGAGACGCCGUUUCCAGGUACGCGGGCGCGUCAGGGCCCUAGCCGUGUUGUCAGCAAGGACAAACUGCAGAGUGGGUACGGGGUAUGGAUGACGUCCUCUUUGGGAAGAAUUGGUCGUCUCGCACAGGAACUAAUGCGUGACAACAUGGUGAACGGCACUGCGGAUCUCGGGCGUUACCGCCAGGAGUUCUUGGCCAUCGCGUCGGAAGCUGACUUGAAGGGUAGCAAAGUGUCAAGGACGCUGCAGCGCUUUGCGGCAGCGACCUUGGCGGCUAUGAUCGUGCUCCACGGCUUUGAGGGCGGCUCUGGUUUCCCACUGCCAGUCCAAGCAGCGCCUAUGACGACGACGACAACAACAACGACAACUAAAGUUGACGCGAACCGCACGGCGCCUGCGACAGGCGAAAGAGACACCGCUCCGGUACCAGCGGGCAGUGCACGCGGCGCCAAGGAAAUGAACAGUCGCAAUGUGCACGUCCGGUACUCGGAAUUCUGGGACAUGAUUGUACACGAUCGUAUCGAGAAGGUGACGUUCUCUCCGGAUAUGCAGCGUGCGCUCGUUAUCGAUACCGAUGGGAAUCGUUUCCGAAUGGACGCGCUCCCGAAUGACCCAGAUCUUUUGCCGACGCUGACCAAGCACAAAGUAGAUAUUAUCGUGCUGCCGGCACAGCAAGACAAUGGAAUCGGCGAUUUUCUGCGUUCGCUUAUUUUCCCUGCGCUCCUGUUCGGGGGUCUGUACUUCCUAUCGCGCCGUUUCAGUCGCGGGGUUGGUCCUGGGGGUAUGGGAAAUCCGCUCGAACUGACCCGUUCUCAGGCGAAAGUGCAAAUGGUUCCGAAGACGGGUAUCACGUUUAAUGAUGUGGCUGGCUGCGACGGUGCGAAACUUGAGCUGCAGGAAGUGGUCAGUUUCUUGAAGAAUUCGGAUGCCUUCACGGAGGUUGGUGCGCAAGUGCCGCGCGGUGUCAUUCUCGAGGGUCCGCCCGGAACCGGCAAGACGCUGCUCGCACGAGCUGUAGCCGGGGAGGCUGGUGUCCCGUUCUUCUCCAUUUCCGGAUCGGAGUUUGUUGAGAUGUUUGUUGGCGUGGGUGCAUCUCGCGUGCGUGACCUUUUUUCACAGGCUAAGAAGAAUGCGCCCUGCAUUGUCUUCAUCGACGAAAUAGAUGCAGUCGGUCGUCAACGUGGCGCUGGCAUUGCCGGAGGCAAUGACGAGCGCGAGCAAACCCUGAACCAACUUUUAACCGAAAUGGAUGGCUUCGAAGGAAACUCGGGCGUUAUUGUGAUGGCUGCGACAAAUCGCAGUGACGUGCUGGAUCCCGCGCUACUGCGGCCCGGGCGCUUCGAUCGACGUAUUACAGUGGACCUGCCGGAUCUGAAGGGUCGCCUCGAAAUCCUCAAAGUACACUCACGGAACAAGCCACUGGCUGCAGGAGUAGACUUAGAAAUGGUGGCACGCCGCACGCCUGGCUUUAGCGGAGCCUCGCUCCAGAAUCUCAUGAACGAGGCCGCGAUCUUCGCCGCACGUCGGGAUUCGAAGGAAAUCUCGAAUGAAGAUAUCGAUAACGCCAUCGACAGGGUACUGCUGGGGCCCGCGAAACGCGACGCUGUCAUGUCCGAGCGUCGCAAAGAGCUUGUCGCCUACCACGAGGCAGGUCAUGCGCUCGUCGGCGCACUGACGCCCGGCUAUGACCAGCCCAUCAAAGUGACCAUCAUACCGCGUGGCAGUGCUGGUGGGGUGACCUUUUUCGCUCCGAAUGAAGUACGCGCUGAGUCUGGUAUGUAUACGCGGCAGUUCUUGGAGUCCCAACUCUCUGUAGCUCUGGGCGGGCGCAUCGCAGAGGAGAUUAUCUACGGGCCGUCGGAGGCCACCACGGGUGCCGCCAAUGAUCUGCAGCAGGUGAGCAAUAUCGCCCGCCGAAUGGUGACACAGUUCGGUAUGUCGGAACUGCUCGGUCCGGUAGCGCUUGAGCAGCCGUCGGGAAACCCGUUUCUUGGUCGCGAUCUCGGUUCGAGAUCCCUGCCGAGCUCUGCAGCGACGCGUGCGCUUAUUGAUGCCGAGGUGAGGCGUCUCGUGGAUCGGGCUUAUGAACGAGCGAAAACGAUUCUGACAAAGAAUCGGCAUCUUCUGGACAAACUCGCACGACUCUUGAUCGAAAAGGAGACCGUAUCGUCCGAGGAGAUCGCCAUGCUCAUCGCGCAGAACAAUGUCGUGAUGGCCGAUUACGCCGUAUUGUAG